AUGGCUGAGGCAAGGAAAAAUUUUAAACCUUCGGAGGAGGCUAAAAAGAGGAAACGCGAAAGGGAUCGUGCUCGAGGAAAAACAAGGGUCGAUCUGGGAAAGGAGUUUGCUCGUUGGCGCAGGUUGAAAGAAGAAGCUGGAUGUAAAUCUGAUUCUGUUUUUUCAACUUCGUUAUUAGACUGUUAUGAGAAGGUCACUCCAACCCCAAUCAAGUCUAGAAAAAGAGCUGGCUUACCACAGCCCUCUGCAUCCAGCAUUUCAGCAGGAUCUUCAUCUGACGGGACUGCUGACUUAGCUGGGACUGAGGUCCCAGAUCUGGACUGGGAUGUAGAUGAAGAGGUUAUGGAGCAGAUUGAUUCAAGUUCAAUUAGUAGAACCUCUUUGGAUUUGAACACAGAAGAAAUAAAUGAAGAAGAGUUCAACAACAUCACAAAUGCAACCAUUGACUGGUUGGACACCACUCCGUCCUCUGAGGGACUUUGUAGUGAUAGUGACAGUGACUGUACGCCUCCACUAUGUGUUCGUAGUGGCGGUGCUCUGACCACUAAAAUUAAUGUCAAUAAAUAUGACGACAUUACUGUAGAGGAAACUGUUCAUGACAUCAGUGUAAUGGAUGAAAACCAAGAGGAGGGUUUGGCAGAUGAUGAGCCUCCAUCUGAAGCUGGACUGGAUACCAUUGGCCAACCAGCUUCUCUAGCCUACCAUUCUUGCCUACAACAGCUUGCGGAGACUCUUCAAUUGCCUUUCUCUACGUGCAAUGUAAAAGACCCAGACACUUCAAAACCCUGUCAGGCACCAAGACCAUUUAAAGUGCUAGUACGGUCCAGAGCCUCUGCUGCAAUCAUUGAAUGGAUGUGUUCUUCUGGUCACAUUGUCUGGCGCUGGAAUUCGCAGCCAUCUUUAAAGUGUGGUAGAGAAACACUUUCCCGACUGAAGCAGAAACCACACUUAGUUGCUCUUGGGAACAGUCGAAUGGAUAGCCCUGGAUUUUGUGCCAAAAGUUGCACCUACACUAUGAUGGAAAACGAAAGUAAAGAGAUAAUCUCCAUGGAAAAAGUUUUGCCAAACCUGAAAGAAGUGUGCACUGAUGCACAUGUUGAGAUUUCAGCACUUUUUGCAAAGGGAAAAUACCAUACAUCUGGGAUUCUGCAUACGCUUGAUAUGUGGCACGGGUCAAAAGAUCUUGGGAAAAAGAUCUACAAAGCAAGUCAAAAGAAGAACUGCAAAAGUCUUUCAACCUGGACAAAAGACAUAUGCAAUCAUUUUUGGUUUUGUGCAAAAACAGCAUCAACCUUUGAUGAUUUUUUUGACAUGUGGAGAGGUGUUCUGCACCAUGUCACUGGAGAACAUGAGUGGUCUCUAGGGGCCUGUUAUCAUGGUCCUCUGCCAGACGACAAGGACAAGCCUUUGAUAGUCAAAGGCUCAGAGGCACAUACGGCCCUCACUGAGAUCGUCUGGAAUGAACGCUGGCUGAAGGAUGUGGUGAAGUUCCUGACUUUUAGAUCCACGUCUGAAUUGGAGUCAUUCCACAACCAUAUCCUCAUGUAUACGGGUAAAGCAUUCGGCUUUUCACACAAAGUGUAUGAAGCGCGAACCUUUCUGGCUGGUUUGGACUACAAUCACCAUGUACACCGACCUGUCCUCAGAAACGCUGAUGGUAAAGUGGAGUAUAAGAGGGUAUUCAACAAGAAGUCACGUCAGUGGAGACUGUACGCUCUUAAAGUGGAGAAGGACUACGCAUACAUCGAAGACCUCCAGAGGGCCAUCCUUCAGUGCUGGAUGUCAAAAACACAUUUCAGGAAAGAAGUACAAAAGUGA